UCGCAUCUCCGACUGACCUCACCUCGCCCGCCUUCGAACUCGCUAUUUCCCUUCUCUCCUCUCCUCAUACCAAUCACCACUACCUCGGCACCCUCCCCCGCUCACCAUGAUCCUCCACCGCAACAUCUUCGCGCUGCUCCCUUCCCUGGCCUUCAUACUGGUCUCCGCUGCGCAGCGUGAGGACGAGGGCGCUUCCCCUCUGGGACUGACUCCUCGAGACGAUCCCAAGAUUGAGGACCUCCUGAACAGCUGCCCUGGAUCCAAGAUCAGGUCCCCAAUCGAGGGCGCCGACAACUGCAUGUGGACAAGGGACAAUGACCUCAACCAGCCGCACGACGUCGUCAAGCAGCUGGGAGAUCCCUUGCCCAACUGCUCCGGAGACAAGCAGAACAUCACCAAGGCAGUGACGGACACGACUACCUUUGAUAGCACCUUCUCCAUGAGCACGAGCGUCAAUGUCGACUUUCCCGGCAUCUCGGCGGGUUUGACGCACGGGGAGAGCCAUACGAGCACGACGGCCGAGGGAAAGGGCGUUGAGAUGAAUGUGGCUCCCGGAACGCAUAGCCGCUUCAUCGCCAAGCAGGAGUAUCGCCCUACGUCGGGGCACGUCCUCAUCAACUAUGGGAAUCGGGUGCCGGACAAGCAUGGCCACUACUAUUGGACGGUGAGCAAUGUCAUACUCGACUUACCGGCGGGAGAGCCCGUCACUGGCAUCGAUGUGAAGCCGUGUGAUCAGCCCUUCUGAGGCGCAGGGCACGGGCGAGGGGAGUAAGCCAGCGAGCCACAACCCAAAGUAAUGACCGAGCACAGCAGCAGCAGCAGCAGCAGCUUGCAGCUUUCCCCUCUCAUCCUGGCAUAACCGCCCAUUCCAUCCCCCUCGUGUGGUCAUGCCAUCGAUCCGAAUCGAAUCGACCAAUCCAAUUCCAAGACCG